AGAUACUUCGGAAUUCACGAAUCUGGAAGAUAAUCGUAAUUCAGCAACUUCGACAGCCCUAUAAAGUGGUCACUAGCUGUUAGAGCUUGCGCUCUUCAACAAAGAAUCUCCCAUCCUUUGAUCUCACUGACGCUCGCUUGCUCUCCCCUUCCCAAGAAAACAUGGCACGCCUAUCAACCAAGUCUCGACCUUUCCAGUGCCAACAUCCUGGAUGUAAGAAGAGAUACAUCACAAAGAGCGACGUCCAUCGACACUCCAAGGUUCAUUUGACCGGCGCAGCGCGUGACAAAGAGUAAGUGGCUAAUUCCUCAUCACUAGUCAAUUCAUAUUUGAGGACAUACUCACCUAGGAUGCAUCACUGCCCUAUGAGUGGAUGCUAUUUCGCGAGUCUCCAACGGGGCAAUCUCAAAGUCCACCUCAACGUCAUGCAUCUCCGUGUCAAGAAUCUAGUCUGUCAUGAAUGCGAACCAGUAUACGAAACCGGGGACCCAUCCAAUAUGACUAGACACAAGAUAAAGAUGCAUGGCCAGCCGUCUAAGAGGCGUCUCUCAAAGACAAAAGGUAUAGAAGAGUCGCAAAACCUGCCAGUCGACUCUAAGUCCAGAUCUCCGUCGCCAUCUCCGCCACCUCCACCACCAAACUCGCCCCCCGCCUCAUCUGGUGCCUCUACCGAAACGCUUCCAGAACGGAGGCUCUCUGACUAUAGCAAGUUCGAUUUUAAGAGACCGGUUAUGUUGCACUCUUGGUCAACAAAAGAUAUGCCUCUGAAGCCACGCUCGCAAACUAUCUUCGGCCGUCCAUCUGUGCCGGUACUGCCCCACAAUGGACCGCCGAUCUCAUCGCACCCGCUUGGCACUUUUACCAACCUUCGUCUCCCCCGUCCACCUCUGCCGAUACCACUUGCUUCGCCCUUCUUUCACAGUCAGCCUGGGGAAUACCAGUCGACCCUCAUCGACACUUCCACCGAAUACACCCACUUCCGUCGCAAUUCUGAGAGGUACACGUACACUCCCUCAAUGCCCACCUACUUCUACAACGACAGGCGCUACUCGGAACCACAUAUCAGCGCGCUUCCCUCGAGUCGUCGUCCCCCGUCCCACAUGCGCUCGACCUUGGACUCGCCUCUGCCCCAAUUCCGCGACCCCUUCCAGCCUGGCCGAGAAUUGCAGGUCCCUUCAAGUUCAUCGUCUUCAGUGUCGUCGCGUGCGUCUUCUGCUACACCGUCUGUCGAUUGCUCCCCUGCGCUCAUGCCUGCGCCAAAGAGAUGGGUCGUUACUGUACCUCCAGAGCCAGCGCAUGACAGUGAUGGGGAAAUCCAUGUUCGCUUUCUUGGCAAUAAUGUCGUAUCCACUCGCCGUGAAUCGACGGUGUGGCCUACUCCCGGAGCUUGAGAGAUGUGAUUGUGCUCUCCAGGACGUUCUUUCUGUUUUGUCGUACUAAUUUCCGUUGUAUCCUGUCACUACUGCGUUUUAUUGCCCACCACUCGUUUUAGCUAUUUGUUAUGCUGACGUUUCUUCGUCGCUCCCCUACCGUACUGUUUAGCUCCCCAUUAUUGCCGUUUCAUUUUACAGCCGUUUGCAUAGUAACACGCUUCUCCUGUGAGUGGAGAGAGUGGUGUGAACUUUGGUCAUAAACAAUGUUUUUGCGGACGUGUUACAAUGAGCUUAUUGUUUAACUCCCCUAAGGCAC